GCCGAGUCCGAGGCGCCCCGGCCUCCGCCCGCGUCCAGGCAUCACCUCCAGCCCGGCUACAGGCCGCGCGCGAGGGGCCGCCGGCUUCGGAGCCGCAGGGAGCUGGGCCCCGGCUCCGCGGUCUCUCUGCACCGACUCCCGACUGCUUUGCCCGGGAAAGCGGAAGGGGCCCGAGGCAGGCGCCCCCGCAGCGCAGAGGCCGGGAUUUGGGGCUGCCCAGGGGAGCCCGUGGGCGCUGGAGCGUCCCGCCCCAGGCUCGCGGUGGUGAAACCGGGAGCCCCCGAGAUGUGGGCCCUGCACUGCGAGCCGGGGCGCGGGGAGCUGCCGCUCCGCCGCUCCUCCUUGUACCUUGCUUUGCUUUGCUCCCCGCAAAUUUUCUGACCUGCCAGCACCGAGGCCUCAGACACUUAUCCAGGGGAGAGCCCUCCUGACUGAAGAAUUUGUGCAUCAUCUGGGUCCUCCUUGUGCAGGAAGGUCAUGGGGAAAUUGGAUCUGGGUCGGCUGCCCACUGCACCUUCCUCCACUUGAUUUCUAGGCUGCUGGGGUGACCGGUUUAACGAUGGAGGAUACUGGUUCUCUGGUUCUCGUCCCUGUGGUGGGAGAUGAGUGUGAGGUCCUUUUCAGCGAAUAUUUGGGACCUUCAGCUUAGGUUAAGAUGGGAAACUCUUGUCUAGUGACGUGACUCACUACAUGAUCCCGGAUUGGAAAGUCGUUCAAGAUUACCUCGAGAUCCUUGAGUUUCCUGAAUUGAAGGGAAUUAUUUUCAUGCAAACGGCUUGUCAAGCUGUGCAGCAUCAAAGAGGCCGGAGACAGUAUAACAGAUUGCGGAAUCUCCUGAAGGAUGCGCGUCAUGAUUGCAUUCUCUUCGCCAAUGAAUUCCAGCAGUGCUGCUAUCUCCCUCGGGAAAGAGGGGAGUCCAUGGAGAAGUGGCAGAGCAGGAGCAUCUACAAUGCAGCUGCUUGGUACUAUCACCACUGCCAGGAUAGGAUGCCAAUCGUUAUGGUGACAGAAGAUGAAGAGGCAAUUCAGCAGUAUGGAAGUGAAACAGAAGGAGUGUUUGUGAUUUCCUUCAAGAAUUACCUGGACAAUUUUUGGCCUGAUUUAAAGGCCGCCCACGAGCUUUGUGAGUCAAUCCUUCAGUCUCGACGAGAAAGAGAGAACGAGAGUCAGGAGAGCCACGGGAAGGAGUACCCAGAACAUCUACCCCUGGAAGUAUUAGAAGCCGGCAUUAAGUCCGGGCGCUACAUGCAGGGAACUCUGAACGUCAACAAACACAGAGCACAGACAGAAGCUUUUGUUCGACUUCAGGGAGCCAGCAGUAAAGAUUCAGGUCUAGUCAGUGACAUCCUAAUCCACGGGAUGAAGGCUCGAAACCGCUCAAUCCACAGAGACGUGGUGGUUGUCGAGCUGCUCCCUAAAAAUGAAUGGAAAGGAAGAACCACCGCCCUGGGGGAGAAUGACGGAGAUGACAAGGGCUCGGGCGAGUCCCCGAGUGAGCCCAUGCCCACAGGCAGAGUGGUGGGCAUCCUUCAGAAGAACUGGCGGGAUUAUGUGGUGACAUUUCCAUCCAAAGAAGAGGUCCAAUCGCAGGGCAAAAAUGCUCAGAAAAUCCUAGUCACACCUUGGGAUUACAGAAUUCCCAAAAUCCGAAUUAGCACUCAGCAAGCAGAAGCCCUCCAGGACUUCAGGGUGGUUGUGCGGAUCGAUUCCUGGGAGUCCACAUCCAUGUAUCCAAAUGGACAUUUCGUACGUGUUUUAGGAAGAAUCGGAGAUCUGGAAGGGGAAAUUGCAACCAUCCUGGUGGAAAACAGCAUUUCAGUUGUCCCCUUCUCAGAAGCUCAGAUGUGUGAGAUGCCAGUAAACACACCCGAAAAUCCUUGGAAGGUGAGCUCCGAAGAGGAACGAGAACGCAAAGACCUGAGGAAAACCCAUCUGGUGUUCAGCAUUGACCCCAGAGGUUGCGAGGAUGUGGACGACACCCUCUCGGUCAGAGCCUUGGAUAAUGGCAACCUGGAACUCGGGGUCCACAUCGCAGAUGUGACGUACUUUGUAGCACCGCAUUCUUACCUUGAUAUUGAAGCGAGAACAAGGGCCACCACUUAUUACUUAGCGGACCGUCGCUAUGACAUGCUACCCUCCAUCCUCAGCGCCGAUGUGUGCUCCCUUCUGGGAGGUGUUGAUAGGUAUGCUGUAAGCGUCAUGUGGGAAUUGGAUAAAACGUCUUAUGAAAUUAAGAAAGUAUGGUAUGGCAGAACCAUUAUUCGAUCAGCAUACAAACUCUUUUAUGAAGCAGCCCAAGAAUUACUGGAUGGAAACUUCGGCAUUGUUGAUGAUAUUCCAGAAUUCAGGGACCUGGAUGAGAAGAGCCGACAAGCCAGGCUAGAGGAGUUAGUGUGGGCAAUCAGAAAGUUGACGGACAUAGCCCGCCACGUCCGAGCCAAACGAGACCAUCGCGGUGCCCUGCAGCUGGAAGGCGUAGAGGUACGCAUCCAGCUGGACGAGAAAAAGAACAUUCAUGACCUCAUCCCCAAGCAGCCCCUGGAAGUGCACGAGACCGUGGCUGAAUGCAUGAUCCUGGCCAACCACUGCGUAGCCAAGAAGAUUUGGGAGAGCUUCCCUCACCAGGCCCUGCUGCGCCGGCACCCUCCUCCACACCAGGAGUUUUUUUCUGAACUCCGAGAGUGUGCUAAAGCAAAGGGCUUCUUCAUAGAUACACGGUCCAAUAAAACACUGGCUGAUUCUCUGGAUAAUGCGAAUGACCCCAACGAUCCCAUUGUCAACAGGUUGCUUCGGUCAAUGGCUACACAGGCCAUGUCUAACGCGCUGUAUUUCUCCACUGGAUCGUGUGCCGAGGAAGAGUUCCAUCACUAUGGUCUCGCAUUGGAUAAAUAUACUCACUUUACCUCUCCAAUAAGAAGAUACUCAGAUAUUAUAGUACACCGAUUGUUAAUGGCAGCCAUUUCAAAAGAUAAGAAAAUGGAAAUUAAAGAAAAUUUGUUCAGCAACAAAGAUCUUGAGGAAUUAUGCAGACAUAUCAACAAUAGAAACCGAGCAGCACAGCAUUCUCAGAAGCAGUCUACUGAACUCUUCCAAUGCAUGUAUUUUAAAGACAAAGACCCAGAAACUGAGGAGCGUUGCAUAUCUGAUGGGGUUAUUUAUUCAAUUAGGACAAACGGUGUGCUUGUGUUUAUACCAAGGUUUGGGAUUAAAGGUGCUGCUUAUCUAAAAAAUAAAGAUGGUUUGGUGAUCUCUUGCGGUCCAGAUGGCCAUUCUGAAUGGAAACCAGGAUCCCUUCAAAGAUUUCAAAACAAAAUCACCUCUACCACGACAGGAGGGGAAUCUGUUACAUUCCAUUUGUUUGACCAUGUAACAGUAAGAAUAUCCGUUCAGGCCUCACGUUGCCAUUCCGAUUCAAUACGGCUUGAAAUAGUAAGCAACAAACCAUACAUGAUACCAGAUACAGAACUUUUUCAGCAGAGUUCCCUCUUGCUAAAGAGUGAUUUAGUGAAAGAAGUAACUAGAUCUGUGGAGGAAGCUCAGCUUGCUCACGAAGUCAAAGUAAACGUCAGCGAGGAAGAUUAUCAGAAAUACUGCCAAACAAAGGGAAGAAGCCUGUACACACUUCUAGAGGAAAUAAGAGACCUCGCUCUCCUGGAUGUUUCCAACAGUUAUGGAAUCUGA